GAGCUGUCUCAUAUCAGAGAGGAAAUAACUUUCUGCCUUCAAGCUCUUUACUUCACUGCCAAGUCAGGGUGCUCUGAGGAGGCCGCCUGCUUUUUGGGUGUGCGCACAGCAGGGAUGGCCGACUUUGGGGUCGCGCCUGGCCAGUCCGUGGCGGUGGUCUGGGACAGGCCCUCCCCGCCAGAGGCUCUGAAAGACCUGGUGGAAAAGCUGCAGGCGUUAACCGGCAGUGAGGGCCGAGUGUCUGUGGAAAACAUCAACCAGCUGUUGCAGUCUGCACACAAAGAAUCUAGCUUUGACGUUAUUCUAGCGGGUGCAAUUCCUGGAAGCUGCACUCUGCACAGUGCUGAACUUCUGGCUGAGAUGGCCCGGAUCCUUCGGCCGGGGGGAAGCCUGUUUCUGAAAGAGCCAGUGGAGACAGCUGCAGGUAACGAUAGCAAAGUGAAGACGGCGUCUAAGCUGUGUUCGGCCCUGACUCUGUCUGGUCUUGUGGAGGUGAAAGAGCUGCAUCGGGAGUCCUUGAGCCCUGAGGAGAUACAGUCUGUCCAAGAACAUCUGGGUUACCAUAGUGACAGUUUGGUCUCUGUGCAAAUCACAGGCAAAAAACCCAACUUUGAAGUGGGUUCUUCUAGUCAACUUAAGCUUUCUACUGCCAAGAAGUCAUCUCCUUCGGUGAAGCCUGCUGUGGACCCUGCAGCUGCCAAACUCUGGACCCUCUCGGCCAAUGACAUGGAGGAUGAGAGCAUGGAUCUCAUUGACUCAGAUGAGCUGCUGGACCCAGAGGAUUUGAAGAAGCCAGACCCAGCCUCCCUGCGGGCCCCUUCCUGCGGAGAAGGGAAGAAGAGGAAGGCCUGCAAGAACUGCACGUGUGGCCUUGCCGAAGAACUGGAAAAAGAGAAUUCCCGGGCACAGACGAGCUCCCAGCCCAAGUCGGCUUGUGGAAACUGUUACCUGGGCGACGCUUUCCGCUGCGCCAGCUGCCCCUACCUCGGGAUGCCAGCCUUCAAGCCCGGGGAGCAGGUGCUCCUGAGCAACAGCAACCUCAGCGAUGCCUAGGAGGGCCCCGCGGGCACACGGCUCCUCCGCCGCUCCUGCCUCAGACCCUGUCUCUGCCAUGGCUCCCUCUCUCCGAAACCAGUGCAGGGAGG